CAUUUUUACUCCCUUCAAGCUCGAAAACACCUCUUUUUCUCUCCUCAAUUCGAGCCUCCUUAUAAAUUUCGCCUCUCAAAUCUCAAAAUCUCCAGAAAAAAAAAUCAUGCAGGCAUCACUGAGGCGAUCAAGCCGGAGCCUUCUAGAUCACUCGCGCGUUAUCUCGCCUCUCAAAUCCAUCUACCCUCUGUCCUCUUCAGGGUAUGGAUUUGAUCAUAGGCGGUAUGUGUCGACGAUUGAUGUGAAGGGCGCUGGGCAUCUUGUUCGCAAGGGAACUGGAGGUAGAUCAUCGGUGAGUGGAAUUGUCGCCACUGUUUUUGGUGCUACUGGUUUUCUUGGUCGUUAUGUUGUUCAGCAGCUUGCUAAAAUGGGAUCCCAAGUACUUGUUCCUUUUCGAGGCUCAGAGGAUUCUCAUCGGCACCUCAAAUUGAUGGGUGAUUUGGGGCAGAUAGUUCCAAUGAAGUAUAAUCCAAGAGAUGAAGACUCAAUUAAAGCUGUAAUGGCUAAGGCAAAUGUUGUUCUGAAUCUCAUAGGAAGGGAGUAUGAGACAAGGAAUUUUAGCUUCGAAGAAGUGAACCAUGGCAUGGCUGAGCAGCUUGCCGUGAUUGCCAAGGAACAUGGUGGAAUCAUGAGAUUCAUACAACUUUCUUGCUUGGGCGCAUCUUCGUCAUCCCCCUCUAGAAUGUUGAGAGCGAAGGCUGCUGCCGAGGAGUCCGUAUUGAGAGAAUUUCCUGAGGCAACAAUUAUGAAGUCUGCAAUUUUGGUUGGUACUGAAGAUCGGAUUCUGAAUAGAUGGGCACAAUUUGUGAAAAAAUGGAGCUUUCUUCCUCUUAUGGGUGAUGGGUCAACAAAGAUCCAACCUGUUUAUGUUGUAGAUGUUGCUGCUGCAAUUAUAGCUUCCUUAAAGGAUGAUGGUACAGGUAUGGGAAAGAUCUAUGAGCUCGGUGGGCCUGACGUUUUUACUGUACAUGAAUUGGCAGAGCUGAUGUUUGAUACAAUCCGUGAAUGGCCACGAUAUGUGAAGGUUCCUUUUCCCAUUGCAAGGAUCCUUGCUUCUCCAAGGGAAGUCUUAUUGAAGAAGGUUCCUUUUCCAUUACCCAACCCAGAUAUAUUCAACCUGGAUCAAAUCAAUGCACUUGCCACAGACACUGUGGUAUCUGAAAAUGCACUGAAAUUCAGUGAUCUUGGCGUUGUUCCCCACAAACUGAAAGGAUACCCUACAGAGUACUUGAUUUCUUAUCGCAAAGGUGGACCAGCUUUUGGCUCCACAGUUAGCGAGAGAGUAACGGGUUCUGAUUUUUAAUCUUUCGAUACAAAACUGUAAUUUUCACUCUGUUUUCAAGCUAGUUUAUUCUCUCUGAAGAAGGUUGCCUGCGUUGAAUGUUCUCCUUAGGGCAGUGCCUUGAUUUCAAAAUAAGUGGUGAGCCUGAAUGUGAUAAAUUACGAUUGGCCCUUGUAAUUUUUUGCAGUGGUAGAUUUAAUCAUUUUGUUGUAACCUGUAUCAUGAAGGAAUUGUGCGAUGUUUUGAUAUACUUUUUCAUCAA